AUGCCGGACCAUCUCGAGUAUCAGUUGAAGGUACUUCGUACCGGUUACAUUCGUUAUCGGGCUUUCGGGGAUCCUUGUCCACCGCUAGUUGAUGUAUACUCGGUAGUGAAGGGGUCUGUUGGAAGAGUUACAUUCUGUUUGAGGAUGAAGUCCAUAUUUCAUUGCCUGAGCUGGCGGUUAAUACCGUGGCUGUUCCUAUUCUCCGUUUGUCAAUCAUUCUACAUCCCAGGUUACUCGGUCGUCAGCUAUGCAGACAACGAACCUAUACCUUUGCUAGUCAACAAGAUCUUCUCUGAUCACACCCAACUGCAAUAUGCCUACUUCGAGCUUCCCUUCGUUUGCCCACCGACCGGACAGAAACACGGAAACUCUCCAUUUGGAUCUGGACACAGCCUGUCCCUGAAUCUGGGCGAGAUAUUGCGCGGAGAUCGCAUCAUGACAUCAGACUAUGAGUUGGUAAUGAAACAAGACGUCGGAUGUCGUGCGCUUUGCACGCGCGAGGUGGACCGGAAGGCCGUCAAAUGGGGCCGCCAACUCAUCAAAGAUGGAUACGUCGCCGAAUGGAUUGUCGAUAACCUCCCUGCCGCAACGAGCUUUGUCACCGUUGAUCGCAGCCGAAAGUACUACUCGAGCGGAUUCAAGUUAGGAUACCAGGACUUUUCCCCAGCCGAGGGCCUGGGUCGUAUAUACAUUCACAACCAUUUCACGAUUGUUAUUCGUUGGCGCAAAGCUCCAGGAAAGGCAGGCGAGGAAGGAAAAAGUGUGAUUCUCGGCUUUGAGGUCUACCCUAAGAGCAUAGGAUAUGAAAACAGAGAUGAAGAUGGAUGUCCGUACGACGUGCAUGCGGAGAACUCACAUUUGGAGCUUUUCCUUACGCCAAACAAUAAGGAGAUUGAGGAAAAAUACAGUGAUUCGUCGUACAUCCCUCAGCGCGGUGAAGAUGCGGACGACGGUGCUACGAUGAAGAUUCCGUAUACUUACUCGGUCUACUUCCGGGAAGAAACAUCCAUCGAGUGGUCGAACCGGUGGGAUUUGUUCUUUACGGAUCAAGUCGAUAGUUCGAUGACACAUUGGCUUGCAAUUAUUAAUUCUUUGACGAUAUCGGGCGUGCUCGGUGUAACUGUGAUUGUCAUCUGGGGCCGAACUGUUCAGAGUGAUGCCAAAGGACGCGGAGAUGGUGUUUUGGAAGAGGGGAAGAUGAAGAAGCGUCGCUCUAGGACGCUGGCCAAUGAUAAAGAGUCGGGUGAAGGUGUGCUGACCCAGGACGGUGAGGUUGAUCCUCUGUCUGACGACGAGCUGGAGGAUGUUGCCGGAUGGAAACUGCUUCAUGCAGAUGUUUUUCGUCUUCCAGCUUACAGUGGACUACUCGCGCCGUUGGUAGGGUCAGGAAUACAACUACUUUUCGUCGCAAUUGGCCUACUCAUUCUCAGCUCUUUGGGGGUGUUGAAUCCUAGCUUCCGAGGUGGUUUUGUUACGGUUGGAUUUGGUCUAUUUGUGUUUGCAGGGUUAUUCUCGGGCUACUUUUCUGCAAGGUUGUAUAAGACACUGGGAGGACAGAAUUGGCGAAAGAACACCGUUAUUACGGCCUCUCUAUUCCCUGGGUUAACAUUCUGUCUGAUUUUCGUCUUGAAUUUGUUUGUCUGGGCUCAGGCGUCCAGUACAGCACUUCCAUUCGGCACGUUAGUAGGGCUCGUCGCUCUUUGGCUUCUCGUCCAGGCACCUCUGUGUUAUGCCGGCAGCUGGUUCGGAUACGUACGAGCAGAGCCAUGGCAACACCCAACCAAAACAUCACCUAUUCCACGACAAAUCCCACGACAACCGUGGUACUUCCGUGGUGUCAACGGAGUCAUCUUGACCGGUCUGAUUCCAUUUGCGGUUCUCUUUAUUGAGUUGAUGUUUGUUUUCAAGAACCUAUGGCAGGAUAAGAGUGGCUAUUACUACGUGUUUGGCUUUUUGAGCGUGGUCUGCACGAUUUUGAUUGUUACUGUCAGCGAAGUGACCAUCAUCACGACAUAUAACCAACUUUGCGCCGAGAACUACCACUGGUGGUGGCAAAGCUUCCUCACCGGCGGCAGCAGCUCCUUCUGGAUCUUUGCCUACUGCAUCUGGUAUUAUAUAUACAAACUACACAUAACGGGCUUUGUGUCGAGUUUGCUCUUCUUCAGCUAUAGUUUUCUGGCGUGCGCGGUCUACGGACUUUUGACUGGUACUGUGGGAUUUUUGACAGCGUAUAUUUUUAUUCGGAGGAUAUACAGUGCUGUCAAAGCAGAUUGA